ACUAAAGCUCAAAGUGUUAAUUUAGAAAAUCUUGGGGAAAAAAAAUACAAAUAUUUAAAUUUUGCUUAAGUGGAUCAAAACUGGGUUGUUAGAUUUUGAGUACAACAUUUUAAUAAAAAUUAAGCAGGACAACAAUUUAAUGCAGCUAUAUCCUUAUCCAGUAAGCCAUCGCUCAGCCAUUUGGAUUUUAAAACUCAUCUAGAGAUGACUGGACUCCACAAACAUGGAUCACUGGAGAGAACGUUUUACACUUGCAUCAACCAAGAUUAAGAAAAUGCUAAUCAACAAGAACAAUGCUAUUUAAUACCCUUGAACAUGCCAAGCCGAUUUUUUUAAGUAUUGUGUCACGUGAUCAUCUUCAGCGAGUAGCCUAAGUAAUCAAGAAGAGAAUGACUUUUGUUUAGUUUAACUGAAUUUGCUUUCCAAUUGGAAUGUUUUUGUGUUGGCAGUGUGUAGGACAUAACACAGAUUUACAGUGAACCAGGCCAGGGAUAGCAAUGAGGUGUUGGUAUGAAGGCAAACACUGAGGGAAUGUAAUACCUCUGCCAAUACCUCUCCAAUAUUGAAAACAGGCACCCAAGCCACACAUUUAACAUUGCAUCUCCAAUAGAAUUAACCUGACUGAACACUAAAUGUGUGACAUAUCACAUGUACACUACAAGAGUCUAACCAUAAAAGUUCAAUUGAAUUGCACAUAAUGUUCUGUACAAGCAUGUGUGUCUGGAUCUAUAAGUUAAUUUCCUUAAUCGAAGAAAACAAAAACAACAUGCGCUGAUUCUAGUUAAAAUCACAAAAACAUACAAAUCUUUUAGUAGUUCUGACAUUUGCUAAUAAACUAAUUCCACAAACGGUUAUCGAAAUAAAAUCUAUAGAGCAGGUAAUAAACAUUCAAGCAAAACAACACAGAUGAUUCGAGAUGCGAUGAGAUUUUAACUGUGUGAACAGUGGCAAUAUUGUGUUAUAUAUGAAUAUGUUUGUUUAUUUUUUCACAAUCUGACAAUGCAGAAAAUGUAUCUGUGACAAAGGACCUGUUGCUUCUAUGAUGUUUAUGUGGAGUCCGCUUGCUCCUCCCUUCUGCAGACAUAUAAGCUCCCUCUCGCUCUCUUCAUACAGUUUGUGGAAAUCACUACGUGUUGCGCGCGCGGGAAUUCCACUUGUUUCGCUAACGCAAGUUUACACCUUUUAGAAAAAGAAAAAAAAAAGUUUGUGUUCUUUGGAAUUCUACAGACCGGGAUGCUCGUGUAGCUGUGACCCGUGCGUCCUUGUGCAGAGCAUGUUUUGGCUGAGCGUAAACGGCACAAACCAAACAUUGGAGCGCGCACUGACGGAAGAUGAGCCGCGCGACGAGUACUUGGCCCGCGUGGAGAUUGCGCUUCUGGCUAUCAUUUUCGUGACUGCGGGGGUCCUGAACGCAGGGCUCUUGUUGGUGCUGUGGCGACGGAGAAAGCAGUUGUCUCGUAUGCGCGUGUUUGUGUUCCACCUGUGCGUCGCGGAUCUGGUGGUGACUUUCUUCCAGGUGUGCCCGCAGCUUAUGUGGGACAUUACGGACCGGUUUGUGGGUCCUGACGUGCUGUGCCGCAUGGUGAAGUAUUUACAGGUCGUAGGCAUGUUUGCGUCCACUUAUAUGAUCGUGGUAAUGACCGUGGAUCGCUAUCAAGCCAUCUGCAAACCUAUGGUGACUUUCCAGCGGCGCGCAGCCAGAUGGAACGGCCCCGUGUGCGCAGCGUGGUGCGUUUCUUUCGUUGGCAGCCUUCCUCAGAUUUUCAUUUUUUCGCGCGUGGAAGUGGCCCCGGGCGUAUAUGACUGUUGGGGUCAGUUUGUGCAACCGUGGGGGCUCAAAGCUUAUGUGACAUGGACUACUCUUGUCAUUUUUGUACUGCCCAUCUUCACGGUGAUCUGCUGCCAGGUGCGCAUCUGCCGCACAGUGCACAUCAACUUUCACACGAAGAUGCACCACAUGACCUCCAGGGCCAGCAGCGUGGCCGGAAUGUCCAAGGCCAGAGUGAAGACCCUGAAGAUGACCGUGGUGAUAGUGCUGGCCUACGUGCUGUGCUGGACGCCCUUCUUCACCGUGCAGCUGUGGUCCGUGUGGGACGCACAAGCACCGACUCAUUCUGCCACCUUCACCAUCCUCAUGUUGCUGUCAAGCCUAAACAGCUGUGCCAACCCCUGCAUCUACCUGCUGUUCAGUGGAACCCUCCCAAAGAGACUGCUGACCCUUGUAUGUGUGUCCCAGGCCCACGAAAACAAAGAGCCCAUCCAGGAUGAGGCGACCAUGGUGAGCUCUCUGUACAUCAGCCUCAAGAGCCUGUCUGAGACCAGGUGAAACUAUGCACUCCACUUCUUCAGCUAAAGGCUCAGAUGGAAGAGUGGCCAUCACAAAUACCAUCAAAGGUCGAUGGUUUGAACCUCACUUGCACCCCUCCACUGUUGUUGUGUCUUUGGGUUUAACACCUCAACCAGUUGUGAGCAGUUUGGAGAGGUGCAAAGUUGCACCAGUGAACCAACAGUGACACUUACUAACAGGUAUAGUGAAAGGAGAAUGAGCCACUUUGUGUAAGUUUGCCCCUUUUAAAGGUGCUUUUCUAGUGGAAGGUCCAUCACCUGUUUGUUUCCAUGGAAAUGUUAUUGCUUUGUCUAGAAUGUUCCACAGUAUAGAUUAAACCUAGCUAUCACAAGAGUGACAGGUAAGUUACAGCACUACACUACAUUACAGUUCAGAUCUGUGGAGAGUCACCCCUAUUCAUAAAAGAAAUUAUAGCAUUUUUGAGCUAUAGAAACACUCCUGAUGAAUAAAUGCUAGAUAGAUAUGUUUAAUGUCAUACCAUGGAACAUUCCAGUCAAAGCAAUAACAACUCCAUGGAGACAAGUAGGUAACAGACUCUCCACAGAAGAAGUUGUGCCAUACAUACAUAACAAUAUAUUUAGAUGCCAUUGAUAUUAUUUGUAAAUUCAGCUGGGCAUAUGAAAGAACAACAUAUGAAAUGGUCUUGGGAUGAUGAGAGCACAAUCAUUUCACUUGUCACAAUUAUAGUAAAAACAACAACAAGCUCAGCUAAAGAAAGAAGAAAAGCAGUUGGCCUGUCACUGCAAGAAAAUGGAUGUACUCACAAAAAAAGUGAUUUACUGUUUAUUUUUUACUCUUACUAAGUAUUUUUGUCUGGUUGGAUAAUUGCUUGAUACUGACUGUAUUGAUGUAAGAUUUAGUGCUAAACACACAAUGUUUUAGACAUUUUUUUAACACCACCCUUAUAUGAGUGAGUAUAUGUGAACACACAGGCAAAUAUAUGAUGGUUAUAAACUGAUCAGACACAUUAAAACUACACAGAACUGAAACAUGUGACGUCAACAUAUACAUUUUUAAUCCUAGUUGUAGAUUAACGUAGCUACCUCCACAUUCAUAAACAUGUGUAUAAAGAUAUAAAAUAAUUAAAAACAGCAUGUGUUUUGGAGUCAAUUACUGUGAAUCUUUUGUAAAGUGUUUUUGAUUACACAUUUGUUCUAUCCUGCUGUAAGACAUAAAGCGUUUGAAGUAGAAUAAACCUGUUGUGAUAUCAUGUAUUGUGUUACCAGUGGCUAGUGGUGCUCCAUAUAUGACACUGUUUCAUAGUGUUUUGGAGUGUAACAUUGAAAAGGCAUUUAGUUUUGUUUAAAGACAUUGUUGAUGUGAUUUUAAAUAAAUGUUUUCUUUAUAUCUAUAUCCAUAGCCAUCCAAGUGUCUGUAUGACAAGAGUGAAGUCUGUUUAUGAUCAUUUUGUAAGGCAAAUUAUACCUCACAUUGCAUAAAUAUAUAACAUAGCCUUGA